CACUGACUGCCUCUUUGCUCUCCUGGGCUGAUGGGGCUCACUGGAUUCUGAGCAGCAAGUCUUUUUUUUUUUUUUGUGGGACUGUGAGUGGUGGAAGAGGGUGAAGGGGCAGGGGGUAGCAGGAGAGAAGAGAAACAGACUGUCAAGGAGAUGGAUGGACAGAUGGAUGGAUAGAUAGAUAGAUUGAGGUGGAAAGACAGGCCAAGGGUGGUGGUGGGGGGAUUCAGAGAGUUGCUCAGAGAGAAAGAGCCUGAGACAGGGAGAGAAAGAGACAGAGACUCAGACAGAGAGACUGGGACAGAGGGAGAAUGAGAUGGAGAUAAAGAGACACUCCCAGAGAGAGGAAAAUGGAGAGAGUUGGAAAAAGAGACAAAAAGAGAACAAGAGACAAAGACACAGAGAGAGGGAGUCAGAGAAAGGUAGUGACAGACAUACGUGGCAGUCAAUGGGCACUGUGGGAGCCAUGGCCAGAGGAACUGGAAUGGCCCUGAGGACACCCAUCAGGGCUCCCUUGAUGCUCAUGGGGCUGCUGACCACAGGCCUGGCUCAGUUGCCAAUCCCUGCCUCAGCCCCUCGUGGUUUCUGGGCCCUGUCUGAAAACCUGACGGCUGUGGAGGGGGCCACAGUUGAGCUGCGGUGCGGGGUCACUGCCCCUGGCAGUGUGGUACAAUGGGCCAAGGAUGGGCUACUCCUAGGCCCCCACCCUGGGAUCCCGGGCUUCCCGAGGUACCGCCUCAAAGGAGAUCCUGCUAGAGGUGAAUUCCACCUGAACAUUGAGGCAUGUGACCUGAGCGAUGACGCCGAGUAUGAGUGCCAGGUCAGCCGCUCAGAGAUGGGCCCCGAGCUCGUGUCUCCCAGAGUCAUCCUCUCCAUCCUGGUUCCCCCCAAGGUGCUUCAGCUGACCCCUGAGGCAGGGAGCACAGUCACCUGGGUAGCUGGGCAGGAGUAUACGGUCAGCUGUGUGUCUGGGGAUGCAAAGCCAGCACCUGAUAUCGCCUUUCUCCAAAGUGGACAAACAAUAUCUGAUGUUUCUGCUAACGUGAACGAGGGGUCCCAGGAGAAACUCUUCAUGACAGAGGCCACAGCCAGGGUGACACCCCAGAGCUCGGAUAAUGGGCAGUUACUAGUCUGUGAGGCAUCCAGCCCAGCUUUGGACACUCCCAUCAAGGCUUCCAUCACCAUGAAUGUUCUGUUCCCCCCAGGACCCCCUGUCAUCCAGUGGCCAGGCCUGGAAGAAGGGCACGUGAGGGCAGGGCAGAGCCUGGAGCUGCCGUGCACGGCUCGAGGGGGAAAUCCGCCAGCCACACUACAGUGGCUGAAGAAUGGCCAGCCUGUGUCCACAGCGUGGGGCACAGAGCAUGUUCAGGCAGUGGCCCGCAGUGUGCUGGUGAUGACCGUGCAGCCAGAAGACCACGGAGCGAGGCUCAGCUGUGAAGCCUACAACAGCGUAUCUACAGGGACCCAGGAACAAAGCAUCACGCUACAGGUCACCUUUCCCCCCAGUGCCAUUACCAUCCUGGGAUCUGCGUCACAGACUGAGAACAAGAAUGUGACACUGUGCUGUAUCGCCAAGUCCAGUCGCCCUCGGGUCCUGCUGCAGUGGUGGCUGGGGGGGCGGCAGCUGCUUCCUACGGAUGAAACAGUCAUGGAUGGCCUGCAUGGUGGCCACAUCUCCAUGUCUAAUCUGACAUUCCUGGUGCGGCGGGAAGACAAUGGCCUGACCCUCACCUGCGAGGCCUUCAGUGAGGCCUUCACCAAGGAAACUUUCAAGAAGUCGAUCACCUUGAAUGUGAAAUAUCCUGCCCAGAAGCUGUGGAUUGAGGGACCAGCACAGGGGAAGUAUCUCAGGACUGGGACACGGGUGAGGCUGGUGUGUUUGGCCAUUGGGGGCAACCCAGACCCCUCCCUCAUCUGGUACAAGAACUCCCGCGUCGUGACGGAGCAGCGGCUGCAGCAGGAGUCCCGGCGGGUGCACCUGGGAAGUACCGAGAAGUCUGGGAGCACCUUCUCCCGCGAACUGGUGCUGGUCGCAGGUCCGUCGGACAAUCAGGCCAGGUUCUCGUGCAAGGCGGGCCAGCUUAUGGUGUCCACGCAGCUGGUGGUGCAGUUUCCUCCGACUAAUUUGACGAUCCUGGCCAACGUGUCUGCGCUGCGCCCAGGGGACGCCUUAAACUUGACGUGUGUCAGCAUUAGCAGCAACCCACCAGUCAACUUGUCCUGGGACAAGGAGGGGGAGAGGCUGGAAGACGUGGCCGCACCUCCCCAGAGCGCCCCGUUCAAAGGCUCUGCUGCGUCCAGGAGCGUUUUUCUUCAAGUGUCAUCCCGCGACCACGGCCACCGUGUCACCUGCCGCGCCCACAGUGCGGAGCUCCGCGAAACCGUGAGCUCCUUCUACCGGCUCAAUGUGCUGUACCGUCCAGAGUUCCUGGGGGAGCAGGAGCUCGUGGUAACCGCGGUGGAGCAGGGCCAGGCACUGCUGCCUGUGUUGGUAUCCGCUAACCCCGCUCCGGAGGCCUUCAACUGGACCUUCCGCGGCUAUCGCCUCAGCCCAGCUGGCGGUCCCCGGCACCGCAUCCUGCCUGGUGGGGCUCUGCAGCUAUGGAACGUGACACGUGCGGACGAUGGCUUCUACCAGUUGCACUGCCAGAACUCAGAGGGCACCGCUGAAGCCCUAGUGCGGCUGGAUGUGCAUUAUGCUCCCACCAUCCGUGCCCUCCAGGACCCUACCGAGGUGAAUGUCGGGGGUUCUGUGGACAUCGUCUGCACUGCUGAUGCCAAUCCCAUCCUCCCAGAGAUGUUUAACUGGGAGAGGCUGGGAGAAGAGGAAGAGGAGGACCAUAGCCUAGAUGACAUGGAGAAGAUAUCAAAAGGAUCCACAGGACGCCUGCGGAUUCACCAUGCCAAGCUGACGCAGGCUGGUGCUUACCAGUGCAUUGUGGACAAUGGAGUGGCACCUCCUGCCCGGGGGCUGGUCCGUCUUGUAGUCAGAUUUGCCCCCCAGGUGGAACAUCCUACUCCCCUAACUAAAGUGGCUGCAGCUGGAGACAGCACCAGUUCUGCUACCCUCCACUGCCGUGCCCGAGGCGUCCCAAACAUCAUCUUCACUUGGUCCAAAAAUGGGGUUCCUUUGGAUCUCCAAGAUCCCAGGUACACGGAGCACACCUAUCACCAGGGUGGGGUCCACAGCAGUCUCCUGACCAUUGCCAAUGUGUCUGCAGCCCAGGAUUACGCCCUCUUCACGUGCACAGCCACCAACCCCCUUGGCUCAGACCACACCAACAUUCAGCUCGUCAGCAUUAGCCGUCCUGACCCCCCACUGGGAUUCAAGGUCAUAAGCAUGACCCCUCACUCAGUGGGGCUGGAGUGGAAGCCCGGCUUUGAUGGGGGCUUGCCACAGAGGUUCCGUAUCAGGUAUGAGGCCCUGGAGACUCCAGGAUUUCUCUACAUGGAUGUCAUACCACCCCAGGCCACCACCUUCACAUUGACUGGACUGAAGCCUUCUACACGAUAUAGGGUCUGGCUGCUGGCCAGCAAUGCCCUGGGGGACAGUGGCUUAGCUGAAAAGGGAGUACAACUCUCCAUCACUACCCCAGGCCUGGACCAGCCUUCUGGAGAACCUGACCAUGAGGAACCCACAGAGCAGCCUGCAGGACCCUCUGGGCUGCCCCUGCUACCCGGGUUGUUUGCUGUUGGGAGUCUUCUGCUGCUUUCCAAUGCUUCCUGUGUGGCGGGGUUCCUCUGGCGACGGAGACUGAAACAUCUUGCUGAGGGCAUCUCAGAGAAGACAGAGGCAGGGUCGGAGGAGGAGAGAGUCAGGAAUGAAUAUGAGGAGAGCCAGUGGACUGGGGACCGGGACACUCAAAGCUCCAUGGCUAGCACGUCAGAAGUAGAGCCAUAUUACCACUCCAUGAAGGACUUCAGCCCUCGGCUGCCUCCCACACUGGAGGAGGGAUCUUAUCCCCAAGGUCUCAAAGAUGAGGACAUGGCCUUUCCCGGGCACCUGUAUGAUGAGGUGGAAAGAAUGUAUGCCCCAUCUGGAGCCUGGGGACCCCUGUAUGAUGAAGUACAUAUGGACCCUUAUGACCUCCGCUGGUAUGAGGACAAGUAUGAGAAUCCAAGAGGAAUCUAUGACCAAGUGGCAGAAGACUUGGAUGCUUUGAGAUCUGAUUCUCUACCCUUUGAGCUGAGGGGAGAGCUGGUAUGACAGACAGCCUUCUCCGAGUUUUUUCAAGACAGAACACAGGGUGGGGGGAUAUGUGUAACUGACAGAAGAAGGUUCAAGCUGGUGUCAAAACAUAAUCAAGGCUCCUUCUGGGCUUAGUUUUAGAAACUCAACUUCUCUCAAGGGGCAGAGUCAUUCACGUGACACCUCAACAAUGAAUAACUAUUCUAAGGGUCUUUAUGCUUUUUGAAGUAAAAAUUCAAAAUUAGAAAAGACAUAUUAGCAACUCAUUUUGGGGGUGGGGAGCUGGGAUUGUAGCUCAAUGGUAAGAGCGCUUGCCUAACAUGCAUGAGGCACUGGGUUCAAUCCCAAGCACCACAUACAAAUAAAUAAAAUGAAGGUACAGUGUUCAUCUACAACUAAAAAAAAAGAAUUUAAACCCUGCUAUCUUUAAAAAGAAAGGAAAAAAACUCAUUUCAGGGCUGAGGAUGUAGCUCAGUGGGAGAAUGCCCACCUAUUAUGUGUGAGGCCCUGGGUUUGAGUCCCAGCAUCACCAAAAGCAACAACAACAAAAAACUCAGUUCAUUUUGAGUUUCAUUACAUCUGAAAUAGCUAAUUAUAAGUGGAGUUUAUGAACCAUGGUUAUGUCCUGCCUGUACCUGGCUUAUUGUUUUCCACGUAUAUAAAACAUGAUGCAUAAACUGUAGCACCUGUGUAAGAAUAGACUGUCAAAAGGGGGGAAGAUGCAAAAGAAUACAUUCCAUAUGCUUUCUUUUAUAGGAAAAACUGAUUUAUUGUGCUAUGGUUAUAUAAGAGAGUGCCUUGCUCUUUAGAAGUGUGUGUUCUUCUAUAUUUAGGGUAAAAGGGUAUGGCAGCUUCCGUUUAUUCUCAAACAGAUGAGAAAAAAAUAUGCGUAUUUACACAGAGAUAAAAACAGAUGAAACGUGGUAAAAUGUUGACAUUUGGGGAAUCUGGGCAAAGUGUACGUUGGAAUUCUUUGUUCUGUUCUUGGAACUUUUCCAUAGGUCUGAAAUCAUGUCAAAAUAAAAGUUAAAGUUAAAAAAAUUUUGUUGUAAAGCUGCCUAACAAUGACAGAGAUGCAAAGAAAAGGAUGUGAAGCUGGGUGUCACUUGGUUCUGCCCAGCUCUUUCAGUGGUGACGAUGGCACACCAAUACGAAGGUACUUAAUACCACUGAACUGGGUAUUUCUAAAUGGUUAAGAUGGUAAGUUUUCUAUUAUAGGUGUUUUACCACAAUAGAAAUUGAAGAGAAAUCCAACUAACAAAACACAAAAAUGGGCUUUGCAUGGACAAAGAAUGCGUCCUGAACCAUGAAUAAUGAUUAAUCCGUUCUGUGUUUCUGAAGGCUCAGAAGGAAAAAAGAAAAGCAAAACAAAUAUUAAGGCACAACCAUGUGCUUGUGAGGGUGAAACUGCCAACCAAAAAUGUUUUGACAGUAUCUACAAAACCCAAACAUAUAUAUGCAUAUGCCAUGACCCACUAGUUACACACCCAACGGAGAUACUUCUAUAUGUGAACAGAGACACUAACUAGUACGUUCAAUGGCAUUGGCAACUGGAAACAACCCAAUUGUCCAUUAAAGGAAAAUGGAACUCAAUUAUAUAUUCAUCCAACGGAUUCUAGGCAAUGAGGAUGAAUGAACUACUGAUAUAUAGAACAACAUGGGCGGAUUUUACCAAGAUAAUAGGGAAUCAAAGUCAGACCCAAAGAGAACAUGCUGUAUGAUUUCCACUGCAAACAGGCAAAACUAAUCUGUGACAUUGAAAGUCAAGAGUAGAUAUCUUUGGUAAAUAGUGACUCCUGUGCCAGGAGAGUUUCUGGGGUGGGGAGUAGUAGAUAAUGUUAUUUAUUGACCUGGGAGCUAGCUAUAUGGGUGUGGUCGCUCUCUGAAAAUUUAUCAUACUGAACACUUGUAAUAUAGCCAUGCUUUUAUAUGUGUUAUAUUUUACUUAAAAUUGUAUAUUAUAUCUCACAGUUGGGAUUGUGAUUUUCUAAUAUGGUUAAUUAAAAAGGAACAAUUGUC